AUGGCGAUCCAAACCGUGAUUUGUGGUGUCCUUCUAGCCGUCCUUGGCCACGUCUUCUAUCACCUAGCGGUCGUACGUUAUGGGGAUUACCAGAGAGACAGCAAAUUAGGACGUCAAAACGGCUGUGAGCUCCCUCCAGAGCUGCCUAAAAAAUGGCCUCUGGGUAUCGAUCGAAUAAAAGAAUUGUGGACAUCCAACGCAGAGGGCCGACUUCUUGCAUUCUUGUGCUCGGUAGCAAAUGAUUACGAACCCGGAAAUAGCCUUUGUCAAUAUUUGCUAUUUGGACCACGAGCUUUCCAUGUUUUACGUCCAGAGAAUGUGGAAGCAGUACUAUCUACCAACUUCAAAGAUUAUGGCUUUGGCGCGAGGCCAGAUAUUUUUGCUCCGCUAUUGGGCAGUGGCAUCUUCACCCAAGAAGGUCCUUCGUGGAAGCAUUCUCGCGAGCUUUUGCGUAAACAAUUCUCUCGAGUCCAGAGUCGCAAUCUAAACCAUUUUCAUGAGCAUGCUGAUAACUUAAUAGCUUGUAUGCCGUCAAGUGGAGUCGUCGAUCUCCAACCGCUAUUUUUCAAUUUUACCCUUGACACAGCAACAGCCCUUUUGUUUGGGAAAUCAGUCUACAGCUUGAAAGCGGACACUGAACAGGAUGCUAGUAACAAGCUCUUUUCUGAGAGCUUCAAUAUAGCGCAGGAAGGUUUGGCCAAAAGGUUUCGCAUCGCACCUUGGCAUUUUCUCUACAAUCCACCGGCAUUUCAGAAGGCUUGUGCGAACGUACACAGAUUCGUCGAACAGUACAUCGACAGCUUGGAUUGA